UUUUGCAAUCACAGACGCUGUCGCGCACACACACACCUCUCCUCUCUCCCUAUAUUCUCUCUCUCUAAUUCUCUCGCCGCCGCCGCCCUCAAACCCCAUUCUUCCUCCCGUCGGCAAACGGCGCCCCGCUCACAUAUUUCAGUGUUUUCACCGGAAUUGGUUACCGCGAACAAUUUUUUCACUUCAAUUUGGAAAUUUUUUUAUUCAAUUAAUGUUCUCGAAGAUCAAUUGAAUGAGAAAUCUUAGCGCCAUGAAUGAGUCCGCAGCUUCUGGGGACUCUUCUACGGGUAAUCAAACAACCCCUCCAAAGCCCACUGAGAAGAAGAAACGGAAUCUUCCUGGAAUGCCAGAUCCUGAGGCGGAGGUGAUUGCCCUAUCGCCGAAGACGCUGAUGGCGACGAAUAGAUUCGUGUGCGAAAUCUGCAGCAAGGGUUUCCAGCGGGAUCAGAAUCUGCAGCUGCAUCGGAGGGGCCACAAUCUGCCAUGGAAGCUGCGGCAGAGGUCGAGCAAGGAUGUGAAGAAGCGCGUCUACGUCUGCCCCGAGCCGAGCUGCGUCCACCACGAGGCGUCUCGGGCGCUGGGCGAUCUCACCGGGAUCAAGAAGCAUUUCUGCAGGAAGCACGGCGAGAAGAAGUGGAAAUGCGACAAAUGCUCCAAGAAAUACGCCGUUCAAUCCGACUGGAAGGCGCAUUCCAAGAUUUGUGGAACCAAAGAGUACAAAUGUCAAUGUGGAACCGCGUUUUCGAGGAGGGAUAGUUAUAUCACGCACAGGGCGUUUUGUGAUGCUUUGGCUGGUGAAACCGCGAAAGCUCCUGCUGAUGCUGCUCAAGAUCUCGAAGCUGGUGUAUCGUCGUCGCCACCAAAGUCGCUGCUGCCUCAGCAAUCCCCUGCACCUGAAGAUCCUCCACCUCCUGAUAGUAGCAAUAAUGAUAAUAGUAAUCAUGUGUCGGAGUUACUGGAUAGUGCCACGGCCAAUCCGAGCAGCAGCCAGAUUUUAGAAGAGCUGCCUAAUGUCACAAACUUGGCCACUGGAUGCAGCAGUAGCAGUUGCUCCGGCAGUAGUGGGAGCUCGAGCAGUAAUGUAUUCGCCAGCCUGUUUGCUUCAUCCACAUCUUCAGCAAACUUGCAACCGCAAACGACUGGAUUUACCAACUUAUUUCAAUCCAUUUCCUGUCCUGAUUAUACACCUGAUGUCGCACCCUCUUCAUCUUCAGAACCCGUAGCUCUCUGCCUUGCUGUGAAUCAAGGCUCGUCAAUCUUUGGAAAAGUAGGCCAGGAGCGCAGGCAGUAUCCUCCAGCGCCACAGCCUGCUCUCUCGGCAACAGCAUUGCUGCAGAAGGCUGCUCAAGUCGGUGCUGCUGCGCCAAACAUGUCAUUGCUGAGGGGUCUUGGGGUAGUUUCGUCUUCUUCAUCUCCCAACUCUACCGAGGAGUGGAGUCAGCAGAAAAUGGAGACCAGUGGGGGAUCAUUAGCUUCUGGACUUGGCCUCGGACUUGGAUGCGAUAAUGGUUCUGGUUUGAAGGAAUUGAUGUUGGGAACUCCAUCGGUUUUCGGCCCUAAGCACACGACUCUCGACCUUCUCGGGCUGGGGAUGGCUGCUAGUGGUGGCUCAACGAGUGGGCUAUCAGCUUUGAUGAGCUCCGUUAAUGGUGGUCUCGAUGUUUCUGCAGCAGCACAACCAUUCAAUGGAAGAGAAUAUGAUAGCCAAUAGAUGGGGAGGCUUGUCUGGUUGAAGGUUUGUUAGUAGCAGUUGUGAUAUGUGAGUAUAUAAUAGAGAUAUGUAAUUUUUUACUCAGUAGAACAGUAUGUUGGAUAGCCGAUUAUAUAAAUAAUUAGAAGUUGAACUACA